UUGGUGCUCACUUGCAUGGCAGAAGGGAGUUGGCCCCUGGAAUUCAAAUGGCUGCAUGACAACAGAGAGUUAACCAAGUUCUCACUGGAAUACAGGUACAUGAUCACAUCCCUAGACCGAACCCACGCUGGCUUCUACCGCUGCAUUGUGCGCAAUCGCAUGGGAGCCCUGCUGCAAAGACAGACCGAAGUACAAGUGGCAUACAUGGGAAGCUUUGAAGAGAAAGAGAAGCAGCAGAGCGUCUCCCAUGGUGAAGCUGCCGUCAUCCAUGCUCCCCGCAUUGCCAGUUUCCCUCGUCCACAGGUCACGUGGUUCCGCGAUGGGCGCAAAAUCCCUCCCAGCAGCCGCAUAGCUAUCACGCUGGAGAACACACUGGUGAUCUUGUCAACGGUGGCCCCUGAUGCUGGAAGGUACUAUGUGCAAGCUGUAAAUGACAAGAAUGGAGACAAUAAAACCAGCCAGCCCAUCAUGCUCACUGUGGAGAAUGUAGGUGGCCCAGCUGACCCCAUUGCUCCAACCAUCAUCAUUCCACCAUGCAACACUAGCGUAAUCUCUGGUACUUCUGAAGUGACUCUGGAGUGUGUGGCCAAUGCUAGGCCUCUCAUUAAACUACACAUCAUCUGGAAGAAGGGAGGGAUUCCAGUAUCCAGUGGCAUCAGUGACUACAACCGGCGGUUGACCAUCCUUAAUCCCUCCCUAAGCGACAGUGGCUACUAUGAGUGUGAAGCUGUGUUGCGCAGUAGCAGCGUACCUUCUGUGGUUCGAGGAGCUUAUCUCUCUGUGCUGGAACCUCCCCAAUUCACCAAGGAACCAGAAAGACACAUUACAGCUGAGAUGGAGAAAGUAGUACAGAUUCCAUGCCAAGCUAAAGGUGUGCCUCCACCCAGCAUGUUCUGGUACAAGGAUGCAGUACUACUUGGAAUGGAGAAGCUUGCCCGCUUCAAGCUGCUUGCUAACGGGAGCCUGCAGAUCAGUGGCCUAAUGCCAGACGAUACAGGCAUGUUCCAGUGUUUUGCCCGCAAUGCUGCUGGCGAGGUGCAGUCUUCCACAUACCUGGCCGUCACUAGCAUUGCGCCCAACAUAACCAGAGGGCCCUUGGACAGCACGGUGAUUGAUGGAAUGGCUGUGGUUCUCAGCUGCGAGACGUCUGGAGCUCCCAGACCAGCUAUCACCUGGCAGAAAGGUGAAAGGAUCCUGGCCAGUGGCUCAGUACAGCUUCCUCGAUUUACAUUGCUAGAGUCAGGAAGCCUCCUCAUCAGCCCUUCACGGAUCUCAGACGCUGGCAGCUACAUUUGCCUGGCUACUAACUCGCGUGGAGUUGAUGAAGCUUCUGCAGAGCUUAUUGUCUGGGCCCGGACUCGUAUCACCAACCCACCUCAGGAUCAAAGUGUCAUCAAAGGCACCAAGGCCUCAAUGACUUGUGGAGUAACACAUGACCCCAAUGUGUUAGUUCGGUACAUGUGGGAGAAGGAUGGCACGAUUGUGAACACAGAGAACAUGCCACGCAUGCGUCUGGAUACCACUGGCACUUUGCACAUUGCCCAGACCUGGUCAGGGGACAUUGGCACCUAUACAUGUCAUGUGAUAUCUGCUGGAGGCAAUGACUCACACAGUGCCCACCUGCGAGUUCGGCAGCUCCCACAUGCACCUGAAAACCCCAUUGCCAGGCUAAGUGCUGUAGAGAAACGUGCCAUCAACUUGACAUGGACCAAGCCCUUUGAUGGAAACAGCCCAUUGCUACGUUACAUCCUUGAGGUUUCCGAAAACAAUGCUCCCUGGACAGUUCUUAUGGCCAGUGUGGAUCCUGAAGUAAAUUCAGUGCUGGUGAGAGGAUUAGUUCCUGCCCGCUCAUACCAGUUCCGCCUUUGUGCUGUUAAUGAUGUGGGCAAAGGCCAGUUCAGCAAGGACACUGAGAGGUUGUUGCUUCCUGAGGAGCCCCCCACAGCACCUCCACAAAAUGUCAUUGCCAGCGGCCGCACAAACCAGUCUAUCAUGAUCCAGUGGCAGCCACCACCUGAAAACCACCAGAAUGGCAUUCUCAAGGGAUACAUCAUUAGAUUUUGCCUGGCUGGUCUGCCAGUUGGCUACCAGUUCAGGAACAUUAGUAAUGCUGACGUCAACAAUCUGCUGCUUGAGGACCUAAUCAUUUGGACUAAUUAUGAAAUUGAAGUGGCUGCUUACAACAGUGCCGGCUUGGGUGUCUACAGUACCAGAGUCACAGAAUGGACUCUCCAGGGUGUUCCCACGGUGUCUCCGGGUAAUGUCCAGGCUGAGGCCACCAAUUCUACUACCAUUCGUUUCACCUGGAACCCUCCUAGCCCCCAGUUUGUCAACGGCAUCAACCAGGGCUACAAGUUGCUUCUAUGGGAUUUAGAGCUAGAGCCAACAGCUGUGACAAGUCUUACUUCCUCUCCAGAUGCCCACCCAGGUGCUGGGACUCUGGGUAGAAAUUCUGGGAAUUGCAACCCCAACACAUCUAGAACACGAAUUUGGGGAAGACUAGUUGUAACCCCAAAAUUCUCCUGGCUCCUUAUGGGAUUGGACAGAUUGGACAAUGAACAUUUUAUAGCUGGGUCAAUGGGUAUUGUCUAUGCUAUGGCUAAUGAGUUCUAUGUUGUCUGCUUUCUCUUGUUCACAGAGCUCCCUGGGUCCCCAACUAAUUUGGGCAUCUCCAACAUUGGUCCCCGUUCAGUCACACUUCAGUUUCGCCCUGGUUAUGAUGGGAAGACUUCCAUUUCCAGGUGGCAGGUAGAGGUUCAGAUGGGUCAGACUGGAGAGAAUGAAGAGUGGUUGCUCAUCCACCAGCUUUCUAAUGAACCAGAAGCUCGGUCCAUGGAGGUCCCCAAUCUCAAUCCCUACACAUAUUAUACUUUCCGGAUGCGACAAGUGAACAUUGUGGGGACAAGUCCACCCAGUCUAGCUUCCCGCAGGAUCCAGACAUUGCAGGCUCCACCUGAUGUAUCUCCUGCCAAUAUUACAGUACGAACAGCCAGUGAAACCAGCCUCUGGCUACGAUGGAUGCCACUGCCAGAGAGUGAAUACAAUGGCAGCCCUGAGUCGGUGGGCUACCGGUUGCGCUACUCACGCCUGGAUGGGCGCAGCCACACGCUGACCAACACCAUCCAUGACCGUGUGGAGCGCGAGUUCACCAUUGAGGACCUGGAGGAAUGGACCGAGUACCGUAUACAGGUGCAGGCCUUCAAUGCUGUUGGGCCUGGGCCAUGGAGUCAGACUGUGGUGGGGCGAACCCGAGAGUCAGUGCCUUCAUCUGGACCCACCAAUAUUUCAGCACUAGCUACCACUUCUACCUCUAUGCUAGUGCGGUGGAAUGACAUCCCUGAAGCGGAUCGAAAUGGAUUUAUCCUAGGCUACAAGAUCAUGUAUAAGGAAAAGGAUUCAGAUUCCAGGGCCCAGUUCUGGUUAGUGGAAGGCAAUGCUUCUCGGAGUGCCCAGCUCAUAGGCUUGGGAAAAUAUGUCCUUUAUGAGAUCCGGGUGCUUGCUUUCACCCGCAUUGGUGAUGGUGUGCCCAGCAAUCCACCUAUACUUGAGCGCACACUGGAUGAUGUGCCGGGGCCACCGGUGGGCAUUCUCUUCCCUGAAGUGAGAAUAACUUCUGUACGGCUAAUCUGGCAGCCUCCUGCUGCUCCCAAUGGUAUUAUUCUAGCAUACCAGAUCACUUACCGCCUCAACACUACAACUGCCAAUUCAGCCAAUGUAGAAGUCCUCAGCCCCAGCGCACGGCAGUUUACUGCUACCAACCUCAGACCCGAGUCCACCUAUCUCUUCCGUAUCACAGCGCAGACCCGAAAGGGCUGGGGUGAAGCUGCAGAGGCCUUAGUAGUCACAACGGAAAAAAGAGACCGUCCGCAACCACCCAGCAAGCCCACUGUGUUGCAGGAAGAUGUCAAGGCCAGGAACGUGCUGUUGUCCUGGGAGCCAGGCAGUGAUGGGCUCUCACCUGUCCGAUACUAUACUGUGCAAACACGAGAACUCCCUGAUGGGAAAUGGGUGUUGCAUUCUGCGUCGGUAAAGCACAACACCACAUCCUUCAUUGUGAACAGAUUGAAGCCAUUCACCACCUACAAAUUCCGGGUCAAGGCAACCAAUGACAUCGGUGACAGUGAAUACAGUGAAGAGUCAGAAUCGCUCACCACACUGCAGGCUGCCCCAGACGAAGCUCCCACCAUUUUGUCAGUGACACCACACACCACUACAUCUGUGUUGAUCCGCUGGCAGGCCCCAUCUGAGGACAAAAUCAAUGGCAUCUUGCUAGGCUUCCGCAUCCGAUAUCGGGAGCUGCCAUAUGAAGGGGUACGAGGAUUUAUUGCCCGUAGUGUGGGCAGUCCCAAUGCCAGGUGGACAGAGUUGACCCCAACAUACGCCAUGCAGAACCUGAGCGAGGCUUCCCUGACACAAUACGAGCUGGACAAUCUGAACAAACACCGUCGCUACGAGAUCCGCAUGAGCGUGUACAAUGCUGUGGGUGAAGGGCCCACCAGUUCCCCCCAAGAGGUCUUUGUUGGUGAGGCUGUCCCUACAGCUGCACCACAAACUGUAGUCAUCCAAAGCAUCACAGCUACCCAACUUGACAUUACUUGGGAGCCACCACCUCCUGAGACACAGAACGGAGACAUCCAAGGCUACAAGAUUUAUUUCUGGGAAGCUCAGCGGCAGAAUGAAACUGAAAGGGUAAAAACACUCUUCUUACCAGAGAGUGGUGUUAAACUGAAGAACCUGACGGGCUACACUUCCUACCUCAUCUCCGUCCUUGCCUUCAAUGCUGCAGGUGAUGGCCCUCGCAGUAUCCCUAUCAAGGGCAGGACCCAGCAAGCAGCCCCCAGUUCCCCAGGCUCUGUCAAAUUCAGUGAACUCACCACAACUUCUGUGAAUGUGUCUUGGGAGCCCCCGCUUUUUCCAAAUGGAAUCCUUGAAGGCUACCGGCUCAUUUAUGAACCCUGCAUGCCUGUGGAUGGCGUCAGCAAAAUUGUGACCGUGGACGUGAAGGGAAACAGUCCUUUGUGGUUGAAAGUCAAGGACUUGUCCGAAGGUGUCACCUACCGAUUCCGAAUUCGAGCCAAGACCUUCAUUUAUGGUCCAGAAGUAGAAGCCAACAUCACCACGGGGCCAGGGGAAGGUGCUCCAGGUCCUCCCGGUGAGCCCUUCAUCUCCAGAUAUGGUUCAGCCAUCACAAUCCACUGGUCGAGUGGUGACCCAGGAAAAGGGCCCAUCACCAGAUACGUCAUUGAAGCACGUCCUUCAGAUGAGGGACUGUGGGACAUUCUCAUAAAGGAUAUUCCCAAAGAAGUGACUUCUUACACUUUCAGCAUGGAUAUUCUGAAGCAGGGUGUCAGCUAUGAUUUUCGAGUCAUUGCCGUCAAUGACUAUGGCUAUGGGACACCUAGCAGUCCAUCUCCUUCAGUAUCAGCUCAAAAAGCCAAUCCCUUCUAUGAAGAAUGGUGGUUUCUGGUGGUCAUUGCUUUGGUGGGACUCAUCUUCAUCCUCCUCCUAGUCUUUGUCCUUAUCAUUCGUGGGCAGAGUAAGAAGUAUGCCAAGAAAUCUGAUUCAGGGAGCAACUCCAAGUCAAAUGCACUUAGCCACGGUGAAAUGGUCAGCCUGGAUGAGAGCAGCUUCCCUGCUCUAGAACUGAACAAUCGACGCAUGUCAGUAAAAAAUUCCUUCUGCAGGAAGAAUGGAAUAUAUACAAGGUCCCCACCACGGCCCAGCCCAGGCUCACUGCACUACUCAGAUGAAGAUGUUACAAAGUACAAUGACCUCAUUCCAGCCGAGAGCAGCAGCCUUACUGAGAAGCCUUCAGAAAUCUCUGAUUCACAAGGAAGCGAUAGUGAGUACGAAGUGGAUCAGAACCAUCAGAAAGCCCAUUCUUUUGUCAACCAUUACAUCAGCGACCCAACUUACUACAACUCAUGGAGGCGCCAGCAGAAGGGCAUCUCUCGGGCUCAGGCCUACAGUUAUACAGAAAGUGACUCUGGGGAUCCUGACCAUUGCCCUAUGUCCAACAGCACCAGUACCCAACAAGGCAGUCUCUUCCGACCCAAACCCAGUAGGACUCCAACCCCACAAACUCCAGUCAAUCCACCUAGUCAGCAGAGCACUCUCUACCGACCACCCAGUAGCCUUGCCCCUGGGUCCAGAGCCCCUAUCGCUGGGUUCUCUUCCUUUGUUUGAUGGGUCUAAAAGAAAGAAAGAAGAAGAAGAAAAAGGGGUAACAACAAAAAAGGAUGGAUUUAAUAACAACCAUGACUUUUGGGUCCAGGUGUGUUACUUUUCAGAAGUAAUGUGAUGUUGUUGGAGACAAUCAGGCAUAACCGAGUUUGAAUUCAGUGACGGCUCCUGUUUCUAAUAUUGCACAGUGCUCCUCAAAGGAAUUCAUCUGUCUGCAGAUGAACAUCUGGAGCAAAAUAGGAGAUAAGCUUGUUUUCAGGCCUCUUGUUGAAAGAAGGGUGGAAGGCAACAGGGUAAAACUGGGAGCCUCGAAGCUAAGAGGACAUUUGGUAUUAUAGUCACACCUCCCUGCAGAUCAGUUUUCUAGAAAGAGGUGGGGGGGAAUGUAAGUUGAUGUUUCUCAGAAUAGUUUAUUGGGGUUUGAUUUGUUUGUUUGUUUUGUCCUCCAACCAAAGCUUUCCUCGGAGGGGAACGGGUUAGGGCUCUGCGAGCUGUAAAUAGGAGCCAGUUGAAUUGCUACAGUCAAUGCUCUAUAUGCUAGAUGCAAGGGUGAAGCUCAAAGGAUUUGUCAGUGUGAAUACGCUCCUGGUGGCUAGCAGCUGGCCAAUAAGAAAUGGAGACUGCAGAGACUCACCAUGGCCACGCCAUGCCACGGCAGCAGUUGCAGGGAGCCAGGACAACUUUGAAAGGCUUCCCAGACUGAUGCUACCUUGAAUGAACCAGAGGGAGUUAAGUGGGAGGAGCAGCAAUCACACUCAGGCCACCUUCUUCCAUUCACACAGCUAGAGGCUAUGCAGAAUUUGGGUGAGCUCAACGGUGCUGACUAGACUCUGUACUGUAUCAUUUUUGUUUCUGUGCAUUUUGUGCGACAACGGGAGAGAGUACAUUUGAGAAUGGUUGGAGAAAACAUUGCAGCAUUCAGAAGAACUGUGAUACUGUCACUGGGCAACCGGUGCUCUUGGUAUAUCUCCUCUACUGAUAGUGGUCUUCCUCUCGUAUUGUGGGAGAAGUACGCAUCUGCAUCCAACCAAGCCUCAAGACAUUUACCCCCCACAUGGUUGGAUGGUGUCUCCACACCCUCAUGUUUUCCCAGAUCCUCCCCCCCCCCCCCCUCCAUUCACUUCACUGGGCAAGGAGGAAAGAAGGAAAGGGAGAAAACCUGAUCCAAAUCAAAUGCAAUUUGAAGGCACAAGAUACAGGCAGGGGCUAUAUCAGGUACGAAAUAUACAUGCGCUAAAAACUCAAUUCUGCAGAGCCCUCUUUGCAUUGGAUCACUUGGAGUUGUUUUAUGGCUUCAUUGCAGUGUUUGCCCCUCUGGUUUCAAAAGUAAAGCUCUCUUACAGGUACAUGGAAGUGGAAAGUUUCUCCCCAUAUUCUUUUAAGGGAUUUUUAAAAAAAUAUUCACAACCCACAAAUAUUAGGAUGAGGAGAGGGAGUGGAACUGAACGAGGGACAAAAUACAUUGAAAGUUACAGUUCUCCCUUUUUUGCUUUAAAAAAAAAAUAUUUUAGUGCAAGGGUCAGAUAAAAGUUAUUUUUGUUUCUAAGCAUCUAAUAGAGUAUAUAUAUAUAUAUAUAUACAUACACACACACAGACACACAAACACAAACACACACAUACACACACACAGAGUGCCUAUUGAGUCUCAAGAUCUGCAGCGGCCAUAUUUUUUUUUUCUAAUAGAGUUUUGGGCCAGAGCAAGAAGUCCAGGAAUAAUUGGGGAAAGGGGGAAAGAGAAAAAGGGGUGACCAUUCCACUUUUGUUGGGUUAUCUUCUUUCCUUGGCUAUAGCUGUCUUCAUUAUAUUCCCUCCACCUCACCCCAUGCCUUUAUUUGCACAUUGUUUUCCAAGCCUGGUUUACAAAGCAUUGAACUGGCACAUUGGGUCCUUUUAAUAAAGAAUCAA